AGAUCCCACACGUGAAAGAGUGAGCUAGCUAGCAGGCAGAUCCACCCGCCUGCGAUCAACCUGGGAUUAAUAUUUGAUUCAUGUAGCAUGUGGAGAUGUUUGCACCCAGUCUCUCCGCCGAGCAGCAAAGACAGCUGGCCAACAAACUCACCACCUUCCUGUCUCAGUACACCAACUUAUCCGACUCCUACAUUAUUGAGUUCUUCACUGAAGAUCUGUGGGCGACGUUACCCAUCAGCUGGCAGGUGGCGCUGCGCGACCUGUCCUAUCCACAAGUAGCAGACCUCCUGCUGGAUGGAGCAAAGAGGGACCGGAGAUAUCCGUCUGUGUGGCCUCUCUCCCUCCUGGCUUUCCGCUCCACAGCUCACGGCCUGGCGUUCCCCAGGUGCGAGCGGGGCGGCGGCAGCGGGGCGGGCGCGCUGAAGCCUGAGGAGUUCCUGGAGAACGCGAGCCAGAGCUCCCUGCUGGGUCACAUAUUCAGGAAACACGUCAAGCCCAAGAAACAGCACGAGAUCCGGAAGCUGGGCCUGUUGGUAAAACAACUGUGUGACCAGACUGACUGCAGGAAAGUGGUGGAUGUUGGUUCUGGACAGGGUCACCUGACGCGUUUCCUGUCGUUCGGGCUGGGACUGUCUGUGACGGGAAUCGAAGCUGAUCACACGCUGGCCACGAUGGCGUCCAGGUUUGAUGCACAGUUGCUGUGGGCCUUGGAGAAGGAAAGGCAGAAAAAGAAUAGCUCAUCUCAGCUGCCAGUACCUGGAUCUUCUCCUCGCCAUGUGGCCAGUUGGGUAAACCCCAAGGCAUCAUGGGAGGCCUUCAUCGAGCAGCUCAGUUCUGCUGAAUGUGUGAGCGAAGGUCACCCGACUCCAUCUGGACCCAGUAAGAAGAGACUGCGGGGCUCUGGGCAGCCGGGACGAGCACAGGAGACCGGGCCAGCUCUCGGUCCUGCAGACUCCAGCGCCCCCUGUGCAGUAAAUCCCUCACAGGAUGUUGAAAUGGCACCACAGCAGCGGCUUAGCGAGAAUGAGGAGUCGUCCCCGAACACUUGUUGUGUCCAGCCUCUCAGUCAGGAGGGUCGUCGCCCCGCGGAGGACAGCCCACAAGCCUAUCAAGACUUUGUCCUGACUGGUCUCCACGCCUGUGGUGACCUAAGCGCCACCCUCCUCCGCCACUUCGUGAACUGCCCGCAUGUACGCGGCAUCACCUCUGUGGCGUGCUGCUACAUGAAAAUCAGCACCAAAGAAAACCCAACGCCUCCGGGGCUGGUGGAGCCCUCCCCCUCCGUUCCACCAGCACCAGAUCACGAAACGUCACCCUCGCAGUUCGGCUACCCGAUGAGCUCCUGGGUACGGGGCUUACCCGGACACCAGCUGUCUUACAAGGCGCGAGAGGGGGCGUGUCACGCCAUAGAGGACUAUGUGCGGAGGCUGAGGGAGGAGAGCGCCUUGCUAAGGACACACUGUUACCGGGCGAUGCUGGAGACGAUCAUCAGGAGCGCGAGGCCGGAGCUGCGCAGGGCGGGAAUCCAGACCAUAAAGAAAGCCCACAUGCUGCCUUUCACAGAGUACGCCCGUCUGGGUCUGGCCCGGGUCAGCCUGCCCGCCGCCUUGGCCCUGGACCUGGACCCGGAGCAGGUGGAGGCCCUGUUGGAGCAGCAGGGCCGGGUGGUGGUCUUCUUCAGCCUGGCUCUGCUGCUGGCGCCGGUGGUGGAGACGCUGGUGCUGCUGGACCGGAUCAUCUACCUGCAGGAGCAAGGUGUGGACAGUAAACUGGUUCCUCUCUUCGACCCGAACUUCUCUCCCCGUAACUUUGUGCUGGUGGCGCUGAAGCCGCACGUGGACAGAGGAGGAACAUGAAGAUGAGGCCGGCGAUGAAAUCACAAGUUUCAUUUCAGACCCGGUCGAUUUUAUAUGGAAGUUACCACUUUUGGCGGGGGUGAAAGGUCAUGAAAGGUCACACUUUUAGUCUUAAUGUCGAUACUGCUUCUAUUCUCAUUAUAGACUAUAUAUUUUAAAGUUAUUGAAUAAUGGACAUCAUUAAAAGAUUUUAAUUUUUUUACCUAAAAAGAGUAAAUGGCACCCUGCAGUGAAAGCCUCAGAUCCCCGUCCAUUCAUUUUUACCCAGUUCCAGUUGUAUUUAUUUAUUCUGGGCAGCAGAUGGUGCUGUUGCAGACUUUAUUUUUUUGUACUUGUUUGUGGUUUUCUCUUGUUUUUUUUUUGUUUUUUUUGUUUUUUUUGUUUUUUUAGUGGACUUGUCUUGUUCCCUACACUUGCCUUGUGAAGCACUUUGCACAUGUUUUGAAGCGCUUUUUUUUUAGCAGUAACAAGCCCAGUCACUGCAUCUCCGAGUCAAAGCAAUAAACAACGAGUGCUUUAAAUUGAAUCCUCACCCUGUCUCGUUUGUCACAACACAAAUGAACUGCUGGAUGAGGUUUAGGUAAAUGUGUAGAUUCCUGGUCAUUUGCAGCAGACUGUACAGACUGUGCAAUAAAGAGGAAUAAAAGGGAGCAUCAGGUGGUCUCCAUGUCUGUGUCUGUCUCGCUCACACAGGUUUACCACGGGCGCACCACCAUCCAAAAGUCUGGAUUACUGAUUAUUAAUUAGGUGUUUCUCUGUCUCUUUUUGACCAUUUUAAACCAAAAUGAACCUCAGAAAUGUCAAUUUACUACGUCCUGUAGCUGUAAGAUAUUUUUUUUGCUUCGGUAAAAGCAGUUUUCAUUUGCACUUAAUAUAAAGGGAGUGUUUUCUGCUCUUGUACCAAAUGAACACUUUGGCAUGAUUAGUUAAAUAUGAGGUGACAGAGUGUUGUUAGUACAGUGGAGUAAUGGCUGCUGGAGAUGUGGCUUUGCAAUCAUAUUUAAAAAUGGAAUAAAAACAAAACAAAAUAAUUAUUUCAAACAGGAAUAGGCAUGUCUUAGCUGUAUUUUUUUAUCUGUUUAAUACUCUGCAAUUAAACAAAACAAAACAAAAAAAUAUGAGUGAUUCUAGACUUGAGAAGCAGUCAGUAAUGUUCAUUUUUUUCAUUUCAGGCAGAAAUAAUUGAUUGUGUGGCAGAUCACACCAAAGUGUGUUUAACAGAUGUGUUUGAUGAAUUUAACCUGUGUCUUGGCGGAUCAUUUGUGACACCCAAUAAUCAGCUGAUCAAUUGACAAAUCAGUCAUUUUGAAUAAAUUAAAAAAAUGUGCAAAUCAGAAAAAAUGGAUAAAAAAAAUGCAUUAAUUAAUAUGA